UAAAUCUCGAUAUUCAGCACCUAUUCAUGGCUCCGCCACACCAUAUCGAAGACAAGAUAAUCGUUCAACUAGUCGGCAAUAUAAUUCCGGUCUCCCGGAAUCUGGUGAGAAGAAAUUUCAAAACGGUUCCGCUAGUUCUCUUAUUCACCUUUCAUCAACUAAUAGUUCUUCCGCAGCGAUAACGAAUGAACUCUCUACCGAUUCUCGACCACCAUCGAUCAAUAACGAUGAAAAUUAUCAGAGUCGAGCAAAUUCGCUUUCUUCCACUACCUCCUCUGCAAUUCAAAGUACACCUUAUCAAAAUGAUCAUGUUUUACCUGUACAACGUUUCAAUUUUGCCUUAAUGCACACUAUCAUGUUAGUUACAUGUUACUCUGACGGAAGACAAGGUUUAAAGACAACAUUGGAUUCUUUGGUUGCCACCGAUUAUCCUAGUUCUCAUAAAAUCAUUAUGUGUAUUGCUGAUGGUCUUAUAUAUGGUGCAGGUAAUGAUUUAUCGACACCCGAAACAUGUCUUUCAUUGAUGAGUGGUUUUAUUGUACCAAAAGAAGAAGUUCGAGCCCAUUCAUAUGUCGCAAUAGCUGAUGGUAAAAAGCGUCAUAAUAAAGCCAAGGUGUAUGCUGGUUAUUAUAAAUAUCAUGAAAAUGAUGAUUCACUAAAAGUAGUCCGUCGUAUACCUAUGAUUACUUUGGUGAAAUGUGGUGGUCCAGGAGAUGAUGAAAAGAAAGCGGGAAAUCGUGGAAAACGUGAUUCUCAACUUAUUUUAAUGAGUUUCCUACAAAAGGUUAUGUUUGAUGAAAGAAUGACUCCACUUGAAUAUGAAUUCUUUAAUGCUAUUCGAACCGUGAGUGGUGUUACCCCUGAUUGUUUUGAAUUGGUUUUAAUGGUUGAUGCAGAUACCAAAAUUUUCCCUGAUUCAUUAACUCGAAUGGUUGCUUGCAUGUCCCGUGAUCCAGCAGUAAUGGGACUUUGUGGGGAGACAAAGAUUGCCAAUAAAUCUGACACGUGGGUUACAAUGAUUCAAG